GGCUUGUCUUGGGUCCUGUUGAUCAGCCAGGGGUUCGUGCUGGCCGCCCGGGCUCCUCCUCCACUUCCUCUCUGCUCUCCCGCAUUCCUCGCAGCUGAGCGUGCGGGAGCGCGGGGCCACUUCUCCUCUUCAUCCUCCUCAUCCUCCCCCAAGGGACGUGUUUUUCGGUAACAUGGCGUCUGAGGAAGCAGCACCCGAACCCCGGUUCCACCGCCUCUUCUCCUGGUUUGACCCUGAAAGUGCUGCGGUGGUGACCAUCCUGUUGGGGCUGUUCCAGGUGCUGCUGUCGGCUCCGCUUGCUCACAUCGACCAAAGUCUGCCAAAACUCUUCAUCUUGUCUCUGUUCCUGGGAAUUCUGAUCAUGGCAGGAGGAUCCCUCACCAUGGCCAACUUGAGGAACCCCCCCAACAAACUGCUGCUGCAAGGCUGCGUCUGCAGUAACCUGGCCGGCCUGCUGGGGGCGCUGUUGGCCUUCUGCCUGUACUUCUACAUCCUCAUCACCCACCAGCAGGGGCCGCCGUGCAAGGCCCUUCCUGAGCCCAACUACUACUACUACCACCACCUGCAGGACCAGUGUCCGUCGGAGAAGCUGGCGGACUACUCGUGGGUGGUGAAGCUGCUGCUGGUGCUGUACGACAGCGGCGCCGUGGUCAUGCACUGCCUGCUGUCCGUGUGCGCCUUCAAAACGCUUCACACAGAGUAACGGGAGCACCGACGUCUUCACCAGGACCAAACCCCGCUGAACCCUAAGAUACUGGACUGAUACGUGGAUUUAUGAGGCCUCUGGCCCCUGAUCAAUUAUACAAUCAUAAUAAAUAAAACACAAACGAAUUUGAUUCAAAAAUAUUAGUUAGAAACUUUUAACACCAGGUAU